CAUACCCAUAUACUUUACAAACGCUAGUAUAUGUAUACUGAUAGCAUGUUACAGCUGUUAAACUGGCACUGCCAAUAAAUACUUGCAAUGGAACGUUGACCGCGGUCCUAACAUGAGUUCCAACAGCGUUACUAGGGAGCAGUCAGACACUAUCGUAAAAGAGUUUGAGUUUGAAGGGAACUAUGCUGGGGCGUCGAAGCCGGUGGAGCCCAUUGUUGGCAGGCACAUAAAGCGAAAGGGACUUUGGCGGGCAUGCUUCACCCCAGCUCGCGUGGAUGAGCCAACCAUUGAUGCCCCUCCUAAAUCCGUUGCAUGGCGCCUAGCGUUGUCAACGACGCACUUGCUGUACCAGCGGCCUGGCGCGGGACUUCUCCGCUUGCCGCUGUUGGACGUGGCCGACAUUCACUUGAGCUGGAUUGAAGCGGGGGGCGCACGGGUAUCCAAGGUUACAAUAUCCUGGCGGCAGUCGGGUAGGGAGCCUUUGUGCAUUCGAGGGCUCAAGGACCCGCAAUUGCUCUUGGACUGGGUCGAGCAGCAGCGCAGGGAGCUGCCGGGCCAUGCAGCUGCGACUCCAACCGACGCUGGCGUGCAGACGCCAGGGCCACGAGGUUCCGCAGGCGCUGCUGCUCAAGGCAGCACAGCCACAGGCAAGAGCGAUGUUGCAAGCCCGGUCCCCAGCACGGCGGCAGGGACUCCUGCCACGUGCACCGUGGCACGGACACUGUUUGCGGAGUCAGUGGGCGUCGGGGCCGUGUCGCCGGCAGCUGCGUCCAGCGCCAGCGGCGGCAGUAUGACGCACCUUAGCCCGUUCGCCAAGGGUCCUGCCCAACGGCUGGCAGCAUCUGUCGCAGAUCCUGGAUUGAGGCACGCUGGCACUAGCUCUCCGUUGUCACGAGGCGCUGCUGAAUCCCACCCCACACCACGCAGCCUCGGCACGCCCCGUUCACAUGGUAGCACUCCGCUCAGCACAGCAACCUCCAGGGCCCCUCGUAACAGCGGAGGUGCCUCAGCGGCGCUGCCCAUGCCGCCGCCCCUCCCUAGCGACUCGUUCGUCGAGUCGGCAGCGCCGUCAGUCGCAGGCAUGGCCUCAUCCUCGCCACUUCCGUACGCUGUCGGCGGAAGCCCGCCCCCCGCAGCCGAGGACUCGGUCGGGGUUUUGACGCCGUUGGCCUCUCCUCCCACGCCAACGCGUGUGGCAGGGGCCAGCCACCCAAGUGCUGCCGAGGGCUUAGCGCCCGCAGGGGCCACCCUGUUGUCACCGCAGAGCAGGCCUACAACACCCGGUGGCGGCGCCACGUCUCGUGGUGUAGCCCCCAGCAAUGGAGGCCAUGGCUCGCCCGAGGCAGCAUUGCCGCCGCAUGCGGACAUGUCCCCUCAGCGGCAGCCCUCCCCGGCUUCAGCGCGGGAUUCCUUGCCCUCCUCGCCGGUUUCCUUGCCGCCGUUGCCACCCUUGCACCCUCGCCAGGCCCGGAACUCCCCGCCAGCAGGCUCCUGCGAUGCUGCGGCGCUGCUAGAGCUGGUUGGGGAAGCGCCCUCACCAACCAGGACGCGCAAUGUGGAGUUAGCGGCUUCAGCAGGGGGCGCUGCCUUACCCGCUCGGACCCCCAGGUUGCAGCCCGCACACCUGCAGCACCAGCGGCCGUACGAGGGGAGCCACCGGCUGCAGCACGGUAGCACUGCUGCGGUACCACCGGCGGAUGCGGAUGCGGGUGCUGGGGGAGCCGCCACAGGGGCAGCACGACGUGGAUCGGAGGCAGGUGCUAGCGGCUCCUUCCGGUCCGCUCUGUCGAGUGAGGCGCUGGAGUACUCCGUGACGGGCACGCCACCCCCAUUGUCGCUAGGGGGGAGCGAGACCACGCCCGUACUGCUAUCGCGGCAGGGCAGUGAAACAGUCAAUGAAGAACAGGCUCCCCAGCAAGACGUCCAGGGGGUUUGCGCCGCUUCAGACAAAACUGCUGAAGCCGUCAGCUGCUCAUCAGGAGACGGGUUAGGUGCCGCUUCUGCUGAGCUGCAAGGCGGCAGCGGCGGGUUGCAGGGCCCAGUUGGCCUCCCAGAAAGUACCUCUGAUGCCCAAGAUGCUGGUGUGCAAGGCAGCAAUGGUUACUCGGGGAUUUCAGCUGACAUGGCGCAGGUCGUGGCUGGUGCUGGGGCACAAGGCGGCAGGGGCAGCUUACGGGCCUCUGCUGACCUUCCAGACUGCACCGCUGACGCGCAUGAAGAGGAGGAGGAGGCGCAAGGCAGCAGCGGCGACGGCUUGCCGGGCUCAGCCGGCUGUAGCCAGGGGACCGCCCUUGCUGAGAUGCAAGGCAGCGGCGGCGGGUCACAGGGUACAGCCGGCCUUCCGGGAGGCUCCCCUGGUGCUGAAAUUACUGAGGUGCAAGGCAGCAGCGGUGAUUCGGAGGGCUCAACCCGCCUUUCACCAGGCACCGCUGAUGACCCCGGCGCUGAGGUGCAAAUCAGCGGCGGCGGCUCCGAGGGUUCGGCUGGCCUUUCGGAGAACGCCGCUGACAUGCCGCUUGAGGGGAGCAGCUCUCCACAAAGCGGUAGCACCUCAUCCCAGAACGCGGCCGGCAAACAAGACACGGGCGUGACCGCCGUGGGUGCGCUGGGAAUCGCCGCGGCCGCUGCCACAAUGUCGGCUGUCUUGACGUCUGCAGCCUCCGCGGGUAUCAGCAGUAUAGGGCUGCUGGCGUCCCCGUCGCUAGGCGGCGCUGCAGGCGUCGCUGCCUCCUCGGCAGCCGUUGCUGCCUCAGCAGUGGCUGCGCCCAUAACCCUGAUCGGCAUCACAGCAGCGGCGGCGGUGACCAUGGUCGCAGCGGCAGCGGUCACCCACAUCCGCACUGGCAGUCCUGUGCGGUCACCCUACAGCCACCGCAGCAGGGACCUUCGCGAGGCGUGGAGGAUGCAGCUGGCCAGCCGCAGCCACGAUGAGGAGGUGCAGGCAGCCAGCUGCCAUGGAGAGGGGGCUUCGGGUGAGGGAGGGCCGCGGAGCAGCGGGGAAGCUCCAGUUUCACCGUCGCGGGCAACCGGUACGCAUGUUGUUGGGGCAACGGCGGCAGGCAGCCCUGGCAAUGCUACGCCUGCUUCUGGCAUUCUGCCACAGCGGUCUUUGCAGGACGGCGGCGGCAGCGGUGCAACAGUUGAGACUGGCGCCAGCAGCAUAGACAGCGUAACCGGCGGCGCCUGGGGCUCCCAGCCGAACCUUUCGGAUGCUGAAACGGGUCAUCUGUGUUCCCAUGGUCAGGGCGUAUCCCAUACCCAUGCGCCUGGCGGCGACAGUGGUGGCGGAGCUGUGCCGCACUUGGCGGCACACCACGGGGACCACGGAGAGGAAGAAGCACUGCCAGUCACGUUGUUUUUGGACGGACCGGGCGGAAUGCCCCCGCUGGAGUGCAAGCAUCAGGCCAGUGCUAUUGACAUCCCCUCGGAGCUGCCAAUUGCAGCCGCACAGAGUACGACAACUGAAGAACUGACAGCCAAUGCUGGUGUCCCGGUUCCGCCCAACGGCGAGCCCCUAGUAGCUACUAGCUUAUGCCUGCCACAGCAGCAUGCGCCAGAAGAACAGGAACAGUCCCUCACCGGCAUCCACGCUGUUGCGGUGGUGGUCCACGGCGGGGAGCUGCGGCCGCCACCAUACGAGGUUGCCUGUGCGGAGCCAGCAGCGGCGUGCCCCCAAGUCCCGGUGGUGGGAUUCGACAGCCUUGUCUCUCCGCAGCCCAUGGUCCCGCAGCAUCAGCCCCAGCGUGACCCUAUCGUGCGCCAGCUCUUCCAGGACGAGGAGGAACACGUUCCCGGAGCCAGCGCGGUGCCGGAGCAAUGGAAGCAGCAGCAACCUUCCGCGGUGCCUGCGGCGCUGCCCUGCCACACCCCGAUGAUUCCUGCGAGUCCCCUGGCCCCAGGAGCGAGCGCACAGCAGUGCUUCACUGCGGCUAGCAGCCUCGGCCACGAGGCAUCGCCGGCGGCGUUGCGGCGGAGGGCCUUACAGCUUAAGGAGUCCCCUGUCGGGGUGCUGUUUUCGAUACGUGGCUCGGCUUCCGGAGCUGCUGGAGCUUCUUCGCCGCCUGCCGCAACGCGGCCACCGCCAGCUGCUACAUGCGAGUCGUGGGUUCAGACAGAUGUCCUGCCCGCGCCCGUGUCAGAGUGCGCGGUUCAAACGGAAACGGAGCGGCCGGACGAGCACGUCAUCAUCGCCGGAGGCGGUUUGGGUUACAGCAUCGGCCGCGGCAGCGUUACCAGGAGCGGGAGCAGUGGCAGCAGCAAGGGCGAGCAGCGGCGCAAUGUACCGAAGAUGGCAGAAAGCCCAACGCAGCGGUUAUACGCGCUGAACAGCCCAACUACUGAAGCCAGCGGUGUCACUUCAGGCGAGCAGGUGCAGACACGCGAGUCCGUGCCCUCCUUGGCGGGCGCCAAGGACUGGUUCUUGGUGUCCCCGGAGGACGGCAAGCAUCGCGGUAUUGGCAGGCACGGUCUGGCCGACGGGGUCGGCGAAGGCGUCAGGCUCGAGCAGCACGCCAGCGCUUCUCCCUCUCCUCUCCGCUCCUCCAGCCAGGGCGACAGCACUACUAGCAGCAGCGGCAGCAGCAGCCCGCUGACGGACGAACACAGCAGUGCUGCAAUGUCUCCCGGCGCCACAUUAGCAGCAGCUGCUCGCCGCAGCUACCGUGCUGUGCCUCGUCACUUACAUUCUGCAAAACCUGCGGACAGCGAGGCUAGCGCGGUUAGCGAGGAUAGGGUGCCACUACUGGCUCGCUGCAGCGAGACAGGAGCCGCACACGCUAACGAGGCGCAUGCCGCUGAGACAUGGCCAGGGGCUGCGCUAGCGGGCAGGAGUCUGGUGCCAUGCAAGUCUGGUCUGCGCGGUGAGGGUGCUGGCAUCAGCAGCAAUAGCAGCAGUAGCCCGGUGUCGUCCCGGGUUUCGUCCUCCACAAGCACCUCAGCACCUACUGCGCCAUCCUCGGUGGGCUCUGGGAACUACACGCCCUUGGCCAGCGAUCGGGGCACGGAAAGCACGGGCAGCAGCCCCAGACGCGGAGGUAGGGGCGGAGUCAACAGCUCUACGCAGGCUGAUGCGGCUGGGCGCGGUGCUACUGGUGCCGAUGAAGGUACUCCUGCGGCGGCACGGGACCGCGAUGUUGCCGAGGCUGCCGGCGCUUCAGCCUCCAGCUUCCGUGGCGCUGUUGGUAGUGCUGACGGCAAGGGCGAUUCGCAGCUCAGGCUCUUGGCAUCCGACAUGGGGUUUUCUGCGGAGCCGCCGACUUCAGAAGCGCUGCGGUCCGCGUUGCUGAUAUCUGGCAUGGCAAGCAGCUGCAACAGGAGCAGCGCUGUCCAGGUGACUGAGGUCAGUACGGCAGCUGCUGAGCUGGCGUCACUACAAGACGCGACCAGCGACGUGGCUGAGGAUGCGGUUUGGCUUCUGGCUCCGGCGGAAGGAAACGCUGGUGUUGUCAGGACCGCCGAUACCCUGGCGUCAGCAUGCGCCUCCGGCGCUGCGUCAGCAAUCGCGUCUCCAAGGGCACCACUGUUGCCGGAGACCUAUAUCGUGGCAACCGGCGGUUCCCACUCACCUGUGACGGCUGGCGGCCAUAGCCGCAGAUCUAGCACUGGCAGCAACGGAGAGCUGGCUGUUGUUGGAAGCCGAAACCCCAAGGGCCCAAGCGCAGGCAUGAUGUGCAGCCAAGUCGCCCCUGUCCAUCCCGAUGGCAACCAAAUUGCCAUCCCUGCUUGCUUGGGGCCGUUGGGACCGGAGCUGAGUGCUGCUGGGGAUGAAGCGGCUGCGCAUGAGCAAUGCCAGUCUCCUAGUGCCGUGAGCAGUGCCGUGAGCAGUGCCGUGGCGAUAAGCAGCAGCGUGAAGCCGCUACGUUGCUUCGCACCGUCUCCCGCGGCGUUUGCUUUUUACACAUCCAGUCGCAUGGCGCCAACCGGAACACCAGGGGAGUCAGCCGCCGCAGCGGACAGCAUGUGCAGCGGACCUAGCCAGCGGCUGUCCGAGCUUGCUGGGACAACGGAUAUGGGGGAAGUCGUCACACAAGUCUUGCCCGCGUCGCCAGAGCUGUCCGAGAUGUCUUCAGUGGCGUACGGCGGGGCUUACAUGUACGACAGUCCACGACCUUCACCGUACGGAACACCGCGAUCAGCUCAGCCGCAUGCCAGCACUGCACCUACCCCGGACACCGCUGGUCAUGCAGCAUCCGCCGCGGGGGCUGCAGACUCGCCUAGCCCGCAUGCGUACCCGCCAAGCGAGGACUUCUUCCACCACAACCCGCUCUACCGUAUCACUGAAGUGCAUGGCGGGGAAUCACGUCCAGUUGCCCCAUAUGACAGCAGCGCGACGGCCCUGGUGCCCAUGAGGCCCGCCGCGUCCGGUCUGAGCUACGGUGGCAUGCUCAGCGACGAUGAGUACGCCCUCUCUUACGCCUCCUCUCAUGGUCCCCUGGGCUAUGCUGCCUCCCAGUUGAGCCUAUGGUCCGAGGCCGGAGCAGGUGCCGACCAGCGGCAUCCUGAAACCGGGAGGGACGGGGCCGCAGCAGCUCGGGCGAUGACUGUGGGAGGUGUUGCUUCCGCUUGUCAUGGUGGCGGGCUGCAGGGCGGGGCUGCAGCUGCUGCGGCAGGGAGCGCGCGUUGGACUGUCUCGGAGGCGGGAAACACCACCGCUGCCGACGGUGUCAACACCGGCGGCUUAGGUUCUCAGCCGCAGCUGCAGCACCAACAACAGUUAAAGGUGUUCCGCAUGCCGGUGGAGGAGAGGAGUACGGCAGCAGCAGGAGCGCAUAUGGGCUCCAUGCAGCUUCCUGGAGCGCAGAGCUUCGGACCUUACCCCCGGAAAGUGGCGCAUCCUUUGCACAGUCCGCUGAUGGUCCUCAACCCAAUGUACGCGCGAUCGGAGGCCGGCGCAUCCUCCGUUGCCGGCUCCCCGCACGCCACCAAUGGCGGUUUCCCUCCGGAGCACUUGCCCAAGGCGCCUGCGAGCUACGGCGACACAACGGCGCGCAUGCCGGAGGUGGGCGUGACGACCAUCUCAAUUGUACCUACGGCUAGCCCGGUUGAAAUUUGCAAUGUUGGUGCGGAUGGCAACGCGCGUUUGGCAGACGGCGGCAUCACGCCGGGUUACAUGACACCCAAGCUGAAGAUGCGUCCACGCAUGAGUGGUUCACCAUUCAGCCUGGGCAGUUGUCAGGGCUCACCGACCAGCCAGCAGGCGGCUCAUGCCGCCUCCUUGUUGCGCCAGGCUAACGAUGCUGUGGACACCGCACGAGACGCAGUGCAGCGAGGCGAUGGGGAGUGGCUUGCACGCGUGACAGCCACGCUGCAGGCAGUGCAGUCUGCGUUGGAUGCACUCCGAGAGUUUUAGCGGGUUGUAUGUCGGAGCGGUUGGAACGGCGAAGCACUGCUGCCUAGGCAGCUGCGACGGCUGUGUUUUUGGCGUUGUAUUGAAGUUGCUUACAAUGUUAGUUAUGCCUGCAAGCCAUUGAAGCCAGCUAACGGUGCGUGGCCUGUUUGGAAAGUAAUGCCGUACACCCAUCCAUAGACACUACAGACUGUGUCCAUAGCGUGUACAUACAUUUUUUGGUAUUCAGCAAGCAGUUGCACGGGCUUAGGGUACCGGUACUUGUUAGGUCGGACUUGUAGAGCUGUCAUGUCGCAAACGCGUCACGCUGCUAGCUUUGCAGCCUGCCUAGUAAGCAAAUCGUUACGCCAUAGCCUUUUGGGUGCCUCUGAGCGCACGGUGUGUUCGUCGAUAGGCGUUCGGACAUUGUCGACGGCGUCUAGCGAUGCAGCGGAGGCGAGCACGAGUGGACAGGAGGCCAUACCGGGAUGGCUUGGGAUACAAUGUAAACCUAAAGGCAAAAAGGACCCGCCGCUUUCUUGGGUUUACAUGAGGGAAGGCAAGGACGGAAUUAAGCGCUUGAUGCCAUGGUCGGAGCGGCUAAUCUGGGGAGCUGUGUUCGGCGGAAUCGGGUAUUUCGUCGUGCCUUGGUGGUACAACCGGAGAUUGCGAGCCGCCGAGGAGCGCAUCGCGGCAAAGAAGCGGGAGGAAGAGCUGCACGAAAAGCGGCUUCUGGCUAUCCGCCUCCUGCUCUCGGGUAAAACCUGGGUGCAAGAUGAGGCGGACGCGUUUGAGGGGGUGUCGCCAAAGGAGAUAAUGGAGUUCAUGCGCAAGCACAGCAUUAGCCCGGAGGACCCAUUCGAGGGCAUGACGCCGGAGGAGAUCGACGACUUCGUGCGCAAAACGGGCGUUUCGAUAUAACCUUGAUCGCUGGCAGUGGCCUUGACCUGCCUAAACUAGCUGUGAUGCAACGUUCAGGCUGCUUGCCGGGGUUAGGGACGCACACUGGUCUACGCUAGAACUGUGAUAGGCGAACAGCAGGGUAUCAAGUGGCGGUUGGGUCCCGUGUUAGGCAGUGAAACAGGCUGUAACCAAUGCAUGAUUUCUUCGUUGCAUUUAAGUGAUCAGGCAUAUUUCAAGUGCAGUCAUAUAGCAUUACCGUGGAAGGGGUGGCGUGGGAAGGAGGUUGUGCUUUGCCAGGCUCUCGGGUUCCGGACUGCCUACAUUGAACGGUUUGUACGGCGUGCACGGCCGUGGCGGGCUUGCGCUUUUGUAACACCUUGUGUCGCCGGUGUUUGAUGAAUUGCCGCUAAUCACUUGCAUCUAUUUUUGCGAGCGCCUAUAUUUUGUGAGUAGAGCUACUCUCAAGCCGCCGCUCGCGCCGCCCUGAACGGUAGUCUGGUCAAUACCGGAGUGAUAAAGGUUUAGCCCUGGCGUUGCUUGUUCAUCACCAAAGCAGUUUGCUAAGGAGGACACCGUCUGCUCAAUCCCGAACCCGACCCAACUUGUCAUACAUUACUCGCGCCAAGAUGUCCGCAAAGGCCGCUGUUAAAGUAUCGGAGCUUGAUGGCGAGGCUCCGGAGAGCACCGACUUCGCCAACUACUUCUGCACCUAUGGAUAUAUUUACCACCAGAAAGAUAUGUUGGAGGACCACAAGCGCACCGGGGCCUACUACCAGGCUGUGCUCUCCAACAAGCGGCAAUUCCAGGGCAAGGUCGUCCUCGAUGUGGGCACGGGCAGCGGCAUUCUGGCCAUCUUCGCGGCCAAGGCGGGCGCCCGGAAGGUGUAUGCGGUGGAGGCGACCAACAUGGCCAAGAACGCACGCGCGCUGGUGGAGAGCAACAACCUGAGCCACGUGGUGGAGGUGAUCCAGGGCACCAUCGAGUCCAUCUCGCUGCCCGAGAAGGUUGACAUCAUCAUCAGCGAGUGGAUGGGCUACUUCCUGCUGCGCGAGAGCAUGCUGGACUCGGUGCUGGUGGCGCGCGACCGCUUCCUGGCGCCCGGCGGCGCGCUGUACCCCUCGCACGCCGCCAUCUACCUGGCGCCCAUCCGCAGCAACCUGGUCAACCAGCGCACCAGCGAGUUCCAGAACUCCAUGGAGGGCUGGGCUGAGUUCCUGCAGGAGAUGAGGCACUACUACCAGGUGAACCUGGACUGCCUGAGCGACCCCUACCGCUCCGAGCAGAAGGACUACUACCUGCACACGAGCCAGUGGACCGACACGCACCCGCAGCAGCUGCUGGGGCCCGCCACCCCAUUCAUUAAGUACGACCUGCACACGCUCACGCUGGAGGAGCUCAAGGCCCCCCUGAAGGCCGAGUUCCUGCUGCACAUGACCGACGGCGGGCCGGUGGACGCGCUGUGCGGCUUCUUCGACGUCUGGUUCCGCGGCAGCCAGCAGGCGCCCACCGACAACGAGGUCCGCCUCACCACCGGGCCAGACCCGACGGGCGCCACCCAUUGGGGCCAGCAGACCUUCCCGCUGCACCCCGCCAUCGACUGCGCGCCCGGCGACCAGCUGCGUGUGGUGCUGGAGGUGAGCCGCCGCGCGGACAACCAGCGGCUGCUGCACGUUAAGGCGGCCGUCAGCGUGGAGGGCAGCUCCAUAUACGCGGAGCAGAGCAAGACGCCGCGCAACUUCCACUGGAACAUCGAGUAAUGGAAUGGCAUUGAGGAUUGGAAUGGCGGAAAAGGGGAAGGGUGGUAACUGGUCAGGAUGGAGUCCUCGGGGUGGGGGUGGGGGGUGGGUGAGCGCACACCUGUGGGAUUUGAUUAGGGACCGGACGGGGAGAGGGUUAGAACGUAGACGUGACUGACUGGUGGCGCUGUGCCGCCGCGUUUGCCGACUGGGCCUGGUGUGGGUUGUGGUGAGGACAUGACUGGUGGAGGGUUCGACGUGGUGUUUUAGUUGGAAGGACUGUUGGUUUUGCAGUGCAGCUGAAGUAUUAUCGUAGUGGCGUCGCAUGCUAUUCUUUGGUUUCCUCCUGCUUGCUGUCGUGGUAACUGGUAAGGCUCCAGUGGCGCACAGCCGCCGUGGGCUGUUCUGCGUUUGCGCUACUGCUGUGUUGGGGCUCUCGACAGACAUCUCGAACUACCGGGUAAGGCCGGUGAUUAGCUAUGACUCCGUAUGUGCCGUACGCUCGUGGACACACGCUUGAGGCGGCGCUUUAGGACGGCACACUGAGGCUUCGCCUUGAUGACUUGGAACGAAUCCAGUUUCCUACCUUGCCUAAGGGAUAACACGCUUGCACCAACCCAUAUUAUGUCGCAGGAGGGGCAAAAGGACAUUUGCUCAAAGCCUUUUAUACCCAAC